UUUAGUCAUAAAGGAUAGAUGAUGAAAAAUUGUUUUAACUUGUUCAGUCCACUUUUUCAGUUUUAAAUAAUCCUAUUGUCAUACAUGGCUAAUGUCUGUGAGAGUAAAACCAAAGUAGUGGAAAGCAGAAAAAAUGGACUGUCAAUUUACCUAUAUUACCCAAACAAAGCCAUUUUGCAAGAUUUUUUUUAUGUAAAGAGAGGUCAUCUGAUUACAGAAAGUCGAGACCGGAGACUGCAGUGCCACUCUGAGACAUCACAGAUUAACAGCGUGCUUCCUUCCUACGUUUCAUCUCCUCUGGCUGUUGACUUCAUGCAUGCGAAUGAGCACUAAAUGGAGUCUGCCUUAGACCAUAGUGGUCAGUAGAAGAAUUAUAGGGACAAGAGGUUAAUAAAACAUCAGUAGUAUGAGGUAGAGAGGGGGGGAGGUACUAUAGGAGGAAGAAACAGAGAAACAUCAAGCCUUUUGCCAGUAACUGUGAAGGUAAGCUCUCCUCUAAUCUGCCUGUGGGAAACUUUUCAAAAAAUAACUUUUUAUUUAUUCUGUGUCUCCACUUGGCAUCCUUUAUGGCUUAUUCAAAUACUCUUGGAAUGCAGGUCCAUUUUCAUCCUCUCUUAUUUGAUAAUAUUCACCUGAACAUUACCCUGCAAAUGUCUUACUAUGCAUGUGUAACAUAUAAUAAUAACUUAAAUGCACAGAAUGAUAUAUGCAUCCUGUUUAUUACUACCAGGGUGCUGCCACGUGUUUGGCUGGGCAGCUGCCCUCGACAAGUGGAACAUGUGACGAUAAAGAUGAAGCACGAAUUGGGGAUAACUGCAGUGAUGAACUUCCAGACAGAGUGGGAUGUGGUGAACAACUCCAGUGGCUGCAGGCGCAACCUUGGGGAAGCCAUGACCACGGAAACUAUGAUGCAUUUAUACAAAGACUGUGGCCUGGUAUAUGUGUGGUUACCCACACCUGACAUGAGCACGGAGGGCCGGAUCAGGAUGCUUCCUCAGGCUGUAUACUUGCUCCAUGGUCUCUUGGAGAAUGGUCACACUGUCUAUGUUCACUGUAAUGCUGGAGUGGGCAGAUCUACAGCUGCUGUGUGUGGCCUGCUCAUGUACAUCCUUGGCUGGAGCCUGAGGAAGGUGCAGUACUUUAUUACAGCCAGGAGGCCAGCAGUGUACAUAGAUGAGGAGGCUUUAGUCCAGGCUCAGGCAGACUUCACCCAGAAGUUCGGACAACUGCGAUCAUCCAUCUCUUACCCUGAGACAUGACAGCUGAGUGUCCCUAUACUUAAGUUUUCAAAUUUGAAGCAGAAUUUAGUUAGUUAGUUCCACUGGACUGGACUCUUGGAAAUGAAAAUGAUUCCUGACAAAGUGUGGAAAAAAAUAUACUGUAUAAUCAGCGUGAAAGGUGCCAGAGGAAAUAAGCUAUAGCAAGAAAAUUAACUUCUUUCCACUUAUAUCUAAUGUAAGCAAAUGACCCACUUCAGCUGAGUGGCUUUCCAAAUCUGGUUGAUCCCCAAGUACCUGGACAGAGUCCUGCUGGCUGCCAACAUAGAUGUUCUAAGCAAUUAAUCCUCCUGUGAUGUGUUAACUUAAUCUUUAGAAAUUACUCUAUGCCAUUAAGCUCAUGCUACUGCAAACUGCUCAGUAACCUGAGCACACUAUUGGUGGUUUUCAGUAAAUGUCUGCAGAUUUGUUUGUUUGUUUUUUAGUUUGUUUUGUUUUUAUUUGUUGUAAUCAUUAAAUAAAGCUGACAUUUUGAGAAGGCAAAUUUUAGAUGUAUUGAAUAGCAAUGAAUAAGUGGAUAGUGGAUUUUUAAAGGCUGAUAGUUUGGAAAAGGAAAAGCCAAUAGUUGAUUUACUGGCAGAUUUCAUCAUUCCCCAACCCCACCCCACCUCAACCCCAAUGAAAAACAUUUAACAUAGUCAAAAAAAGAUUUUUAAUUUUUGAGCUUUUAUUUUCCCUCAAAGUCAAUCUGAGAUUCUCAGGUACACAAUGACAAAACCUUGACUUACUGUAUGAAACCCCGAUGCAAUAAAGUGAUUGGAGACGGACA